AUGCACCAUGGUAAGUGAGUAUAAAAUAACUGCGACAAUUAGAUUGGACAUCAGUUUGUGAACAGCAUUCCUUCUAGUUACACUUAGAAACAUCAACACAGGAGAUCCAAGAUGCUGAAGACCAUCGCUCUGGUUGCCUGUUUGGCCGUUAUUGCCUCCGCCCAGUAUUAUGGAGGAGAUUACGGACACCAUGAAGAUCACCAUCACUCGCACCCGAAAUACAAGUUCGAAUAUGGCGUUAAGGAUGGACACACCCACGAUCAUAAGAGCGCCUGGGAACACCGCGAUGGAGACCACGUGAAGGGACAGUACACUCUGGAUGAGGCUGAUGGAACACAUCGUAUUGUUGACUACAGCUCCGAUCACAAGGGAGGAUUCCAGCCACAUGUUCUGCGCAAGGGACACGCCCACCAUCCACACCAUGGCGAAAGCUACGCCAACAUUGAGCAACACUAUUAGAAAAUUUUAAUGAAAUUCCUUAGAAAUGCUUUGAAUAAAAGACUCUUCCCUAACUCUCAA